AUGCUCCAUCUGCGGAGACUAUCCGUAUCCGCGGCUGGCCGCAGGGUAUUCUCAAGAAAUGCUCCGCUACCGUCAAAUCUGCAUUGCCGCGGCCUCCUGACCCUCGCGAUCGAGACAUCCUGCGACGACACCUCCGUCGCAAUCGUCAACAAAGACGACACAACCGGCGCCGCAAAAAUCCACUUCCUCAAGAACAUCACACCAAACCUCACAGCCUACCAAGGCAUCCACCCAAUCCUAGCACUGGAAUCGCACCAGCGCAACGUCGCGAAACUCGUCAACAAGGCCCUACCGCAUCUCCCGCCGCCGUCAUCCGAACACGCAAACAAUAUCACGAAGAUAAUACCACUAUCCGAUGGCACCGUGCGCCAAAAACCAGACUUCAUAUCCGUGACCCGCGGGCCGGGGAUGCGGUCGAACCUCUUCACGGGAUUGGAUACAGCGAAGGGACUGGCUGUCGCAUGGCAGAUCCCGUUUAUCGGGGUGCACCAUAUGCAGGCGCAUCUGCUCACGCCGAGGCUCGUUUCCGCCCUCGCGCUCAACAACCCAACCUCCGACCCCGAGUCCGCAAGCGCCAGCAACGAUAACAACAACAAGACCGGCACGCCCGCCUUCCCCUUCCUCUCAAUCCUCGCCUCAGGCGGCCACACCCUCCUCGUAACCUCGACCUCCCUAACAACCCACAAAACCAUGGCCACAACAACCGACGUCGCGCUCGGCGAAGCCCUCGACAAAGCCGCGCGCCACAUCCUCCCGCCCUCCCUCCUCUCAACCUCAAAAAACACAAUGUACGGCAAACUCCUCGAGCACUUCGCCUUUCCCAACGGCCCAUCCGACUACGCGGAUUACGUCGCGCCCCAAUCCCGCGGCGACGAGAUUGCAGUCUCAAAGGUGCGCUCGCGCUACGGGUGGAGCCUGAGCACGCCGUACGCGCAGACCCGCGAGCUGGCGUUUAGCUUUGCGUUCCUUGCGACGGCGGUGAAGGAUAUAUUGACGCGGGCGAGCGGGAACGCGAACGUACAUUCUGGAUCUCGUGGGGAGUUGGGCGAUGAGGAGAGACGGUUCCUUGCGCGCGAGGUCAUGCGCGUGACGUUCGAGCAUCUUGCCAGCCGCACGAUUAUUGCGUUGGAGUCACUGUGUGAAUGGAGGGCGCAGUUCCCGCGUAAUCCGAGCGAUAAGCGCCGUGUUCCGGUUCCCGAGUCCGUGCCGGUGAAGACGCUUGUUGUUAGCGGUGGGGUUGCGGCGAAUCGGUUUCUCAUGGGUAUUUUGAGGAAGUGGCUUGAUGGGAGGGGGUUUGGGGGGUUGAGGGGGAGGGUGAACGCUGUAUUAUAG